AUGAAAGUGCUUGUCGACGGCUAUAGUGAAAUAAAAGAUGCUCUAACCAGCAUAUCUCACAAUAAGGAGCAAAAAGACAUCGUGAGAAACGAAGCAACAAGCCUUUUGGAGAAGAUAAGUAGCCUCGAAACCGCUCUAUUUGCCGUCUUUUGGAACGAUGUUUUGGAGCGAUUUAAUACUACAAACAAGAUGUUACAGACUCCGAAAAUGAUUCUUGAAUCCGCAGUACGUGCAUUGGAAUCAUUGAAGUUAUUUGUUGAAUCUAAAAGAGAUGAGUUUAAAUACGAAGAAGCAGUCAAAAUAAUAUCAAACACUGAUCAGUACAUACAAACACACACGAGAACAAUAAAUGUGAGACUGAAUCCGCUGGAUUAUAUGAAAGCGCCAAAUGCUAACCUAUCAUCAAAAGAUAAAUUUAGAGUAUCAAGUUUUAUCCCUGUGAUCGAUCAGCUAUCUGUUUCUCUAACUGAAAGACUACAUGCAUAUGAUACUGUAUAUGCGCGAUUUGGAUUUCUCAAUCGUUUAGAGGACAUGGACACAACAAAUUUGUAUGCGGCGGCAGAAGAGAUAGUAAAAGUCUAUAAAGACGAUUUAGAACCCAGUCUUGGAAAUGAAUUGGUCCAAUUUAGAUCAUUGAUCGAUUUAUACAAAAAGGAUUAUCAAAAAGAUCAAUCGAAAGAACUUUUCUAUUAUAGACUACUGGAAAAUCACAAUUUCAGAGCUACAUUUCCUAACGUUGAAAUUAUCUUAAGAAUGUACUUGGUAUUGAUAGUGUCCAACUGCAGUGGAGAGCGCUCAUUUUUAAAAUUGAAGCUUUUAAAAAAUCGGCUACGAUCAACGAUGACACAAAACCGUCUGUCAAAUUUAUCACUGCUUAGCAUAGAGAGCGAUUUACUUCGGGAGCUGGAUUUCACCGAAAUCAUUGAUGAUUUUUCGUCGAAAAAAGUUUGCAAAAUAUCGUUCGUCUAA